AUGCCCAUAGCAAACGUAGUAAACAUGUGCUCGCACCUCCAAAACGCCUCCCGCGCCCGGCUCGGCCUAACCUCCGUCCAACACUCAAAGUACAACCUGCACGUGCUCCUAGCCCUGCACCGCGCCGGCUUCCUCAGUUUCGUAACCCGGGGCGGCCCAUUUCCACCGGACCCAGCCACCCUAUCAACCUUCGAGCCCGAGCCCCUGACGACCGCCAACGUCGCAUCCCAACGGCUCUGGGUCGGGCUAAAGUACAGCGACAAUCAACCCGUGAUGCGGCACGUGGCGAGCAUCACGACGCCCAAGCGGCCGAUCACGGCGAAUCUGAGCGCACUGGAGCGGCUUUGUCGCGGGUUCGAUGCGAGUCGGCAGCGCGGGCUUAAUCUGGGCGAGGCGAUGGUUGUGGGAACCGACCUGGGCACGUUGGAGAUCAGGGAGGCUGUGGAGCGGAAGGUGGGCGGGCUGCUGCUGUGUCGGGUCGGGCCGUGA